GAAGUGCCAAGCUUUUAGAAAAAAUAAAAUAAGUUGAGAAGAAACGUGAUUAGAGAAAGUAGGUCAUCUGACUGUUUAAAUUCAAAUGUAACAACAGACAACCCCUAACAUCAUCAGUUCAUCACCUUACCCUAUUUAAUAUUCAUAUCGCAACUUCUCUCCUCCGAUCAAUAGAUCCGUACUCGAAGCAGGAACGAGUGAAACUGAAAACCAUGGAGAUGGAGAAAAACCAACACAUUUCUUCGCUGGACAUCCCCGUUAUUGAUCUAAGUAAUCCCGAUGAAGAGCUUGUGGCAAGUGCGGUGGUCAAAGCGAGCCAAGAGUGGGGAAUAUUUCAGGUGGUUAACCACGGAAUCCCGACCGAGCUGAUACUGCGGUUGCUACAAGUGGGAAUGGAGUUUUUCGAGCUACCGGAGACAGAGAAGGAAGCCGUAGCGAAGCCAGAAGACUCCUUGGACAUAGAAGGAUACAGAACCAAGUACCAGAAAGAUCUAGAAGGUAGAAACGCAUGGGUGGAUCAUCUCUUUCACCGCAUCUGGCCACCGUCUAGAGUCAAUCACAAAUUCUGGCCUAAGAAUCCUCCAGAAUACAUUGAAGUGAAUGAAGAGUACGCAAGUCACAUAAAGAAGCUAUCGGAGAAAAUCAUGGAAUGGUUAUCAGAAGGACUAGGUUUAAGGCAUGAGGCGUUGAAGGAAGGUCUAGGCGGCGAAACGAUUGAGUAUCUAAUGAAAAUCAAUUACUAUCCGCCGUGUCCAGAUCCGGAGUUAGUCGUGGGAGCUCCUGAUCACACUGAUGUCAAUGGAAUCACACUCCUAGUCGCUAAUGAAGCUUUAGGGCUUCAAGCAUUCAAAGAUAACCAAUGGAUCGACGCGGAGUAUACCACUUCCGGGAUCAUCGUCAUCAUCGGCGAUCAAUUCUUGAGAAUGAGCAAUGGGAAGUAUAAGAGUGUGGAGCAUAGGGCGAAGAUGGAUAAGGAGAAGACGAGAAUCUCGUGGCCGGUUUUUGUGGAAUCUAGCCUUGAUCAAGUCUUCGGACCUUUGCCGGAGCUAAUUACCGGUGAUGAGAACGUUCCCAAGUUUAAGCCUUAUGUCUACAAAGACUACAAAUUUCGUAAGCUUAAGAAGCUUCUUCUCGACUGAGAAAAUCUCAUAAUAACCCAUAAACAGAAAAGAGAUCAUGAAUAAAAAAAAUAUUUGUUUGGUUUGCUUCUGCUUUAAUUAAUAAGUUUUAUCUAUUUAUCAAAUUACAGCAUUGUUUGUAUGGUGCAUGUACGUAUUUUAGUAUUAAUCUAUUUGGAUUGUAACGUUAAUUUCUUGUUAAUUUUUGCCUACUACUCAUUACGUGUGGGUUUUAACAAAGAUUAUAUAACACGGCAACGGUAUUAAUCCAACAAAAUAUCAC